AUGCUCCCAUAUCGGCAGCUGCGUGGACACCAAAUGCGCAGGGGUCAACACGACCACCCUGCUCUUCCGGAACUGAUGGAAGCCAACCUUUUUCCCGGAGUGACAUACUGCGUUGAGAGUUGCGGAGGACCAGGCUGCGGAUGCUUCUACCUCAGCAGCGGAUGCCUAUUCUACCGCGUCUUCAUGAAACCUGAGAGCACCGAAAUCUUCGAGAUAUUCAGCUGCUCACGCUGGAGAGAGGAAGUCGUUCUUCACAUAACAGUGACAACGGAUAAGAAGACCACCGUGAACGAAGCCAGGCAUCUCCGACCGACUAUAUCAGUACAACACCAAUCAUUGAAAAGUUCCACUCAGUUCGAUUACCGUACCACCCUCAGCCAGUGUUGCACACGACUUUUCAUAGCCGCCAGGACAAGACGUGCUAUGGAUGGAAAUCAGCUACCGCCACUACAGUGCACUUCGAACAGGGAGGCGGAAGCUAUGGCAUGUGACGUUCACCCCAUCUGCAACUGCCAUUUAGGACAUACUGGAACAACGCUGCUGUUCAUAUCCUGGUACAAGUUUGGAAUCACGGUCCAUGGUAUUGCUUGUCUCAGCAUAGCCGAUUGGCUUUUUUCUCUUGGAAGCUUCGGACUUACGAAUGUGCUUCACAUAAUGUAG